AUGUCUACGUGUAGCACCAACACGUCUAUGUACUUAGAAGUUGAUGGUCUUGCCGAAAGUGCCCAAAGCAGCUUCCUUGAAUGCCUCAGCCAACGUUGGGUGAGCAUGGCACACGCUGGCAAUGUCCUCGGUGGAAGCACCGUAUUCCAAAGCCAAGCCAGCCUCGGCGAUCAUCUCACCAGCGUUAGGACCAAUGAUGUGACAUCCCAAGACACGGUGAGUCUCAGCGUCCGCAAGGAACUUAACAAAACCGUCAGUGUCCAAGUUUGUCUUGGCACGAGAGUUGGCAAUAAAUGGGAAUUUACCAACCUUGUACAGAAUGCCCUUCUCCUUCAAUUGCUCCUCGGUGGAACCGACCCAAGCAACUUCUGGGUGUGUGUACAUCACAGAUGGAAUGUUGCCGUAGUUAACGUGACCAUGGCCCUCCUUAAUGAACUCAGCAGCAGCAAUACCUUCCUCCUCGGCCUUGUGAGCCAACAUGGCGCCAAAAGUGACGUCACCAAUAACACGAAUAUGUGGUUUAGCAGUUCUGUAUUGGGAGUCAAUCACCAAACGUCCCUUCUCGUCCUGUUCCAAGCCAAUGGCUUCGUGGUUCAAGCCCUUGGUGUAUGGUCUUCUACCAAUGGCCACCAACAAAACGUCGGCAUCAAGUUCUUCAGUCUUGCCGGACUUGACGUUUUCAACGCCAAUCUUGACCACGUCACCCUCACGGACACCCUUGGUGACCUUAGUGCCCAACAUGAACUUCAAGCCUUGCUUGGCCAACAACUUCUGUGUGGACUUGGCAACCUCACCGUCCAUACCAGCACCAAUGGCGUUCUGGAACUCAAUGACAGUGACCUCAGAGCCCAAACGAGACCACACAGAGGCCAUUUCCAAACCAAUGAUACCACCACCAAUGAUGGCCAACUUCUUUGGCACUUCCUUGAGGGCCAAUGCACCGGUAGAAGUGACGAUUCUCUCUUCAUCCACCUCAAUACCUGGGAAUGGAGUAGCUUCGGAACCAGUGGCAAUGGUGAUGUUGUCUGCAGUCACCUUGUAUUCUUCAGAACCGUCAAUAGGCUUGACAGCCAAAGUGUGGUCAUCCACAAACGAGCCAUGACCCUUCAAAUACGUGACACCGUACUUCUUGAAAAGCAUUUCGAUACCCAGGGUCAAACCUUUAACGGCCUUGUCCUUGGCUUCUUGCAACUUGGUGACAUUGACAGAAACAUCGCCGGCAAUUUCGAUACCACGGUUAGCAGAGUCAUGCUUGAUUUGGUGGUACAAGUGCGAGUUGUUCAACAAAGCCUUGGAAGGAAUACAUCCGACAUUAAGACAGGUUCCUCCAAGAGAACCACGGGACUCGAUACAGGCGGUUUUGUAAUUGAGUUGAGCCAUCUUGAUGGCGUGCACAUAGCCACCUGGUCCACCGCCAAUAACUACGGCAUCGUAGUGGCCUGCUUUAGACGAAUUGAAUCUGACAAACUGUCUGAUGUUAGCUCUCAACAUGGUUGUGGGAAAGAGAAGACGCUUUUUUUUGCUUGGGUAAUAUAUCCAGCAACACAUGCAGGACGCCCGGCGAUCGUAGGACCGGACACGAAUGCUCCGAGGACACCGGCCCACCGGUUAUCAUUGUUUUUGCAGCAAAAAGUGUGA